AUUGAUAGACUGAAAUAGUGAAAGAAGUCAGCAGUUUUCCAUUGGUGACGUCCGCUGGAGUGAUACCACGUCGUGGAGUAGCAUCGGACGUGGCCGCUGCCCGAUCACCUCAGUUAGGUCAGGUCACACAUACACAUCUUAUAACACAAUACUUACAUGCACCUACCUACCGCCUGACCAAGCCCUGGGGUCAGUCUUAGCUUCGGAACCAGGUACGUACUAUUUAUUUACCUAGCCUUAUAUCUAUUGUGUAGAAUAAUAAGUCUCCAUAGGCCGUUGGGCCCCACCCUUAGUUGUCCGUCGAAUCUACAGCUGUAUGGGCCCCUGUAUGGUCGACCUUUGUCGGGGUACCUAGGGGCGUGUACAGUUAUGAUAAAGAAAUAUAUUUAAUAGCCAUAUCAGUUGAAGAUCAAAAUAUGAGCAAGCGUAUGCAGAAAAAACUGGGUUAAAAAUCUUAUGCAAAACGAUUUCAAUUUGGAGAGUUUUCCACCAUUAUCGAGGAAUUCUUUAUCGACCCGUAAAAGUCCACUUAAACGUAUGGUUGUAAUGUUACAUAAUCCUCUCUUAAACUUUCGUUUUCUCUUAUUCCAGAACAGUAAGUUUCUGAAUAAGCUCGUAAAUAGUUGUGCAAGUGCGCGGUCGUUAGUACCAUAACUACUGCUUUAUUUGGUUCUACCAUAAGUGGUUUUCUUAGAACUCUGAAGACUUGUGCCAUUAUACCAAAAACGUUUUCCACAACACGACGUGCUCUGUUUAGACGAUAGUUGAACACUUUCAAGAGUACCUUUCGCAUGUGUUUGGCCGGGAAACGGUUUCAUCUUGUUUUCGGACAAUGCAAAUGCAGAGUCACCUAGUAAAUAAUAUGGUAUAACUUUAUUACGUCCUUCCAAAGGUGUUGGAGUGGGCAAAGCCAUUCACCUUUUACUAUCAAAGAGUAUAGUUUAGUAUUCUUGUAUACUCCACCAUCCGAUAUUCGGCCCUGACAACCGACAUCGACAAACCUAAUCUUGUAAUUAGCAUCGGCCAAAAUAAAUAACACAAUACUGAAAUGGCCCUUAUAGUUGUAAAAUUCGGUACCACUGUUAACAGGCGCCUUUAAAACUAGGUACAUGUUUUCCAUCCACUGCGCCGAUACAAUGAGGAAAGUUUCAUAACUCGUCGAAUGCAUCAGACAUCAUUAACCACUCUUGAGGGUUGUUAGGCAACUAAAAAAACAAAUAAGUAAAGCUAUGUCGCUGACUAUACAAUAAAGUGUUUACAUACAUUUUUAGCCUGUUUUGUUUUUAGGAAAAUAAUAAUGAUGCUAUUCUCGACCAACCGUCUACUGAACAAACUACAGAUGGGCCUGCAUCUCCGACAAAUGCGCCCCGACGCCUCCAAAAAAACGCAAAUACGAUCCAAAACUUGCCAUGUUAAAUGCAUUUGGUAUUUUAAAAUCAGCAUCGACCAAGUCAAAUCAAGACGACGAGAUUGGCACGUUUUUUUUAAAUUUUUAGAGAAUAAAUUGAUAAGUUACGAUCAUGGCACGAAGAAUUUGGUAGAACAGCGUUUAUGUGAUAUCGUAUUUAAGGCUGACGCAGAAUAUUUUAGUAACAAUGAACAAUAUGGUUACUACACAAGUCAGUCCCAAAAUUAUUAUACAACACGGCCAGAAACAGCUACACUGGAUCCGAUUUAUUCAUCAGCACACUCCCGGCCAACAGGUAGUGCCUCUGAAGCUGGUAUUAGUCAAAGCAGUCCAAGCGGAUCGCAGUACAGCGCGGAUUUUUUUGAUGUCGAUGAUUUCAUUUAAUUAUACUUCUUAUAUUAUUUUUUUAAUUUGUAUGGAACCUAUUAUUAAUAAAACAUUUCUUACCUUCACAUUGUCUUUCAGUCCAUUGAUAAUAGCUUGACAGACUUCUGGGAUAAAUUUGCUGAUUGCCUGUUUUGAGAUUUAAAAUAAGUAUUGCAGGCUUCUGAAACUAUCACCCGUAGCUAAAAAUCGUAGCGUUAAUGCUAAUUUAUCAUGAGCCGAUAUAGCUUUUCGAAAUUUUGUGUCUUUUUUUUUGUAUAGCUGGUACAACCAAAGUAUACAAAUAUUCAAAAUUAGAUGAAGACAUUCGCAUGAAGUUUUUAUAAUGGCCACUUAAUUCUUGAGAUUUGAGUUCCAACACUAAUGAAUUCGGAUGUCUUUUCUUGAAAAUGUCAGAUUCCCAAAAGCGAGGAGGGCUUCUACAGUCUUCGAGUAGAUAAUGAAAUAAAAUAUAUGCUGCACUAGCCACUAAUGGUGACGAUAUGUUCGCUCAAUGUUCACAAGAGGACUGUGGAGCAUGCAUGUUCCUAUGGAGAUACGCGUACCCGUCUCCAUCAGAGCGGUUACGGGAGCGCGGAGCGCAAGAGGUUCGCGAACGUAAUGGAUACCCACCUAUAGAGCGGUCGACAAAAUUAAAUAGAGUGUAUAAAGGGAGAAGUUAGCUCUCCGCGAGAAAGCGUCUAUCGGCCUUGUACAGUAACUGCCUUAACUUAACUUAACUUGGGUUCAAGUACACAUAAGCUCCAGAUGGUUGUAAACAAUUGAUGCAAAGGAUUGACAUCGUUUGUGCGCGGUUACAAUUCCUAAGAAAACUCUGAGAGAUAGUGAAGACACUCGACCAAAAAUUUAUUUAGUUGAGACUUGGGUGAACCAAAUACACAGCCGCAAACGAAUUUGGCUAGACAAGGAUGGAAAAAGCGGCUUAAACACAAAAACGGGAAAGGGGGGCAGACUAAUUGUUUGUCAAAAUAUGGUUUUAUACCCGAAGCCAGAUGGGUAUUCCGUGCUGUGAAGUCUCAGAACGAGAACUACCAUUCAGAAAUGAAUGCCGAAGGCCUCACAGACUGGUUUACAAAGCUGUUUCAGAGUCUCGAAGAACCAUCAGUCAUCAUAAUGAACAACGCACCCCACCGCUCCCAGCAAAUAAGUCGGGCACCGACAUCAGCUUACAAAAAGAGUGAAAUUCAGGAGUGGCUCCGCCAACACGGGAUUGAGUUUAGUGAUAGUGAGCUCAAGCCGGAACUAUUACAAAUGGUACAACGGAACCGACCAGAAAAAAUAUACAAAUUGGAUCAGUUAGCUUUGGAGUCAAGACACGAAGUGAUUCGCUUACCACCUGCCAAUAUAACGCAAUUGAGUUGGUAUGGGCUCAAGCAAAAGAUGAAGUUGCCACCAAAAACAGCACUUUUAAAAUUGCAGACGUCGAAGUGUUACUACAUGAAGCAAUUUCAAACGUUUCGCAAAAGAACUGUUAAGAUUGUGUGAAGCAUGCAGAAAACUCCAAGAGGAAGAUUUGAAGAAAUCUCAUCUGGCAGAAGAUAUUGUAAUCCAUGUGGAUGACGAGGACUCUGAUGAUUCUGAUGUAGAAUUUUAAUGUAAAUAGUUUUAGAUUUAAUUUUAGAUAUAAGUUAUUAUCUUUAUAUUUAUCUUUAAUAUAACUUGUUACAUUCCAAACAAUUGUACUUAUAGUUUUUUAUUACAUAGAUACCUUAUGAAUAAUUUAUUUUAAAUCAUUAUUAUUAUUUUAAUAAAUACGUUGUUUUAUC